AUGGCGCGGUGGCGGUGGCUGGGGGCAGCAGCGUGGCUCGGCGCCUGCGCCGCGCAUGGCGUGUGGGAUCCUGCGCUAUUUGGCCGCGGCCGUCUUCCGCGCGUAGACGACGUGCUGCGGAACCUGACGUGGGGGCAGCUCCAGGGGCACACCAAGCUCUCGCCGCCGGAGCCGAACUAUAGCGGCGAUUGGGGCGACUGGAUUGCAUUCACCGAGCACAUGAAGCGCCGCGCGCACGCGCAGGGCGCCGACCUGCUCCUGGUCGAUACGGGCGACCUGCGGGGCGACCGCUACGUGACGUCCAAUGUGAAUAUUACGCUGCCGGACGCCGACGGGCAGCUGCGCUCGCGCCCCAUCGGCGCGCGGUACACGCGCUUCCGGACGCCCCAGCAGGGCCUGCACAUCCAGGCGUACGGCGUGCUCUUUGACUUCCAGCUCGGUGCGCCGGGCGUCACCGUGCAGGACCCCCGCAAGAUGGUCGCGGAGCCGUGGUUCCAGGCGUCGCUGCGCGCGCACGACACGGUGGACGCGUUUGUCGUCGCGGGCCACAUGCCCGUGACCGGGCACGACGGCUGGGACGCCGUGCAUGCCGCGAUCCGCGCGGUCUGGCCGACGGUGCCCAUUCUCAUGCUGGCCGGGCACACGCAUGUGCGCGACUGCAAGAUGUUCGACGACGCGUCGAUGGUGCUGGAGAGCGGGCGCUAUCUCGAGACGAUUGGGUGGAUGAGCGUGUCGAAUGUGACGGGCCGCCCGUCGUUCGCGCGCACGUACAUUGAUGCGAAUCCCCGCAACUACGCGAUCGCCGCGGCGUGGAACCUGACGGAGCUGUAUGGCGUCGUGCCGCAGGACUACUACCUGGACCGCGAGGCGUACGGCGCGCCGCACGCGCUGCUGACGCUCCUCGCGCAGCACAUCCUGCCCGAGGUCGUGCGCCCGGCGAAUGCGCGGCACACACACACGCCCACGCUGGUCCUGCUCAACAGCGGGAGCCAGCGGUUUGACGUGUUCCAGGGGCCCUUUACGAAGAACGACCAGUACAUUGUGAGCCCGUUCCGCGAUGCCUUUCUGUACGUCCAGGACGUGCCGUGGCGCGUCGCCAAGCAGCUCUGUGCCGCGCUCAACCGCCGCGGCGCGACGCACAACGAGCAGCCGGGCGGCACGCAUCCCGCGCAGGGCGCCGCCGACUCGGUCUUCCAGCAGUACCUCGGGCAGCAGUGGGCCGCGUUCGGACAGGCGGAGGCGCCGCCGCCCGCCGCGAGCGGCCGGCCCGAGGCGGCGCGGCGCGUCGAGGCGCUCCUCGCCGAGGUCGCCGCGGACCCUGCGCAGGCCCAGGCGCAUCCGCACCUGCAGGGCGGCACGGCGCCGAGCCUUGGCUACGUCACGGUCGACGCGUGCCCCGGGCCCGGGGACGACACGCAGCACGCGCCGCUGCCGUACAGUCCCGAGCAGCCCGACUAUAUUGCGUCGGAGCCCGUGCCGGCGCCCGCCGACGACGCUCUCGUGGAUGUGGUGCUGGUGGACUUUAUCGCGCGCCCCCUGAUCCAGCUGCUCAACGCCGCCGACCCCGAUCGCCACUACACGCUGGACGACGCACAGGCGUGGGGCCGCGUCUCGACGCAGUGGCUCUACCCCACGUACGCGCAGCGCGCGUGGACGCCGCCGGACCUGGCGCAGGCGUGGGCCGAGAUGGACGUCGCCGCCAGCCGGGCGGGGUACCCGCCGCUGCCCCAGUGGGACGCGUACGCGGCGCAUCCGUACGCGCCGGUGGACAUGGCGCGUGCCUCGCUUGUGUUCCAGCGCUCGCUAUAG